GGUUACGACCAAAGUUUGUACCUUUCGUGCCUCACAAGGGGCAGAACAAUCUAAUUAAAAUUAGAUCCUCUGAUCCGCUCAUCUACUAUCGCUACACAUAUUGUUUAGCGAUAGUAGAUGAGCGGAUCAUAAGAUCUAAUUUUAAUUAGAAUGAGGGGGAAGAAAAACAAAAACGGCAAAAAUGACCAAUUAUGUUUACAAUGUGGAAUCAAAGGGUUGAGGUUGGUGGUUGGGGUGCAACACCCCGUAACUCCCUCUAGAUCCGCCACUGAACAGAUUAAAAACUUUCCAAACUAACCAUCAGACUAUUAAUCGAACCCCCGGAAUGUUCAAUAUUCCUUUAUUAGGUCAGUGAUUGGCGGUGAUGUCUAAACGAGAUUUCUUAAUGGCUGUGAUAAGCUCUCCGAGUAAACAAUACUAUCUUCUUGUGGUAGAAACAUUUUAAGCAUUAUGGGCAUUCGGGAGGAAGUAUGAUUUAAUUUAAAAAAUCAAAUACACGGAUGUGGUGUGCUUGUCCUUAAAUUUAUUUCCGGAAGUGCUGAGUGUGACUCCCUUGCAAACUCAAAAAGUUGAAGUUGCUCAAGAUGAUUUAAAUAAUUUGUUACGUACAACACCCUCUGGUGCCUCAACAUUUUUGCAUAGGCAAGGAUCUCCGGAAUCGAUGCUAUUAAAUAAAAUUCCUCUCAACUUACAGAAUAAUUGAGUCAUCUGAAACUUAAUCAUAUGUGAAAAAAAGUAGGUACUGACAACAUUUACAGCUGUCACUUUUGAAUACAUCAUGUCGGAAUAUAAGUUGACGUAUUUUGACAUUCGUGGACGGGCAGAAAUUUCCCGGCUUGUGUUCGCCGCCGCUGAUGUACCUUAUACGGACGAAAGAGUAAACCGUGAGAACUGGCCGGCACUGAAAGCAAAAACACCCCAGGGGCAGCUACCAAUUCUGACCAUAGAUGGCGCUAAUACAUUACCUCAAAGUUUAGCCAUUGCACGGUAUUUGGCCCGAGAAUUCGGUCUUAGCGGAAAAACAAAUUUAGAGCAUGCGCAAUGCGAUGUUAUCGUGCAGACGACGGAAGAUUUGCGGUCAGAGUGGGUCAAGGUUUUCAGAGAGCAGGACGAGACGAAGAGGGCUGAACUACAGAAGAAAUUAAUAGAAGAGAUUGUUCCUAAGUUCUGGACAAUUUUUCAAGUAACACUUACCUCCAACCCCACUGGAUACAUGGUGGGAGACAGAUUAACAAUCGCCGAUCUUGCUGUAUAUGACGUCAUGGAAAUUCAUACUCGGGAUUAUCCAGAUCUCAUUAAAGGUUUUCCCGCGCUUCUGACACACAGACAGAUGGUAGCGGACACACCGAACAUUAAGAAAUAUCUAGAGAAGAGAGCUGUCACUCUGUAUUAGCAAUGCAUUCCAUUAAUGAUUUCAUCGCAUGUACAUUCAACUGUGGAAUACUACAUUUAUACAUUAUUAUAUCACCUCGAUUUGUGUUACUCUUUAUUGUUUGAUGUUCGUGUAAAACAAUUUAUAUGUAUAUAGUUCAAGUGACGAAUUUUAUACAAUUUACAUGUAAUACAGGUAUAUAGUUCAA